UUUUUAUAGUUUUGAUUGCGGCCACACUGCAAAUUAUCAACAACCCUGGAUAAUUUACGGAAGUUGUCAAUUAUUGAAAAAAGGAAGCUGAACAAUGUCCACUAAGCAAAGUUCAAAGAAGUUCAAAUGGGCGCUGGAUUUUAACAUAAGCAAAAAUGGUGACAUGCCUUCGCCGCUCGGAUACAACCCAGCAGCUCUGGUGAACCAGACCGAUGCAGCUGGUCGCGACCAACGCUUGGUAAUAAAAAAGUCAUGGGAUCUCGCUCUAGGACCUCUAAAGAACAUACCCAUGAACCUUUUUAUCAUGUACAUGUCCGGCAACUCAAUAUCCAUAUUCCCUAUUAUGAUGGUAGGAAUGAUGUUAAUUCGGCCUAUCAAGGCUAUGUUCACCACUCAAGUAACCUCCAAGAUGGCCGAGGGCGCUCAAGGAACCGGCCAGCGUAUAGUCUACUUCCUUGGUAACCUGGCUAAUGUGGCACUAGCUCUUUAUAAGUGUCACAGCAUGGGACUGCUGCCCACGCACGCUUCCGACUGGCUUGCGUUCAUCCAACCUCAGACGCGUCUCGAACAUUAUGGCGGUGGAGUUUCCUUCAUUUAGGUCCAGUUGUUAGAGGACGAAAAAGUUAUAAAGGCUUUAUUUUAUUAUAGAUACAUUUGUUUUGUUUAAAAAAAUGUUUGCUCCGACUAAUCGUCCAGAAUCUUUUUGGCUUCCUUUUUAAAAUCGUGCACAAUUUGCUCGGCGGCUGAUCUGGGAAAAGUUUAGGCAUUAUAUUUAAUAUGCGUAUUUAACUUGUAAUAAGUAUGGAAUCCUAGUUUUUAAACUGAAACUUAAACUCACUUAUGACACCAGUUUCUAAAUCAGUUUUUUUUUUUGUAAAGUCAGCAGAAGUCAUUGAAGAACUAUCCGAAAAACGGCAUAAAAAUAAAUCUUCCUAAGCAUGA